AUGGAGCAGUAUGAAGUACUUGAGCAAAUUGGAAAAGGUGCUUUCGGUUCAGCGCUUCUUGUGAGGCAUAAACAUGAGAAGAAAAAAUAUGUGUUGAAGAAGAUUAGACUUGCCCGCCAAACGGAGCGUUCUCGCAGAUCCGCACACCAGGAGAUGGAACUUAUCUCUAAAUUGCGAAACCCAUUUAUAGUGGAGUAUAAAGAUUCAUGGGUAGAAAAGGGUUGCUAUGUCUGCAUUAUUAUAGGUUAUUGUGAGGGCGGUGAUAUGGCGGAAACUAUAAAGAAGACUAACGGUGUUCUGUUUCCCGAGGAGAAACUUUGUAAAUGGCUCGUUCAACUUCUUAUGGCACUUGACUACCUGCACAUGAAUCACAUUCUACAUCGUGAUGUCAAGUGUUCAAAUAUCUUCUUGACGAAAGAUCGGGACAUACGUCUAGGUGAUUUUGGACUUGCCAAAAUGUUGACUUCUGAUGAUCUUGCUUCCUCUGUUGUGGGAACUCCUAGCUACAUGUGCCCUGAGCUCCUUGCGGAUAUACCUUAUGGUUCUAAAUCAGAUAUUUGGUCAUUGGGAUGUUGUAUAUAUGAAAUGGCAGGACAUAAGCCUGCAUUCAAAGCAUUUGAUAUACAAGCAUUGAUUAUCAAGAUUAGUAAGUCCAUAGUGGCUCCACUACCGACAAAAUAUUCUAGUUCAUUUCGAAGUCUGGUGAAAAGCAUGCUGCGAAAAAAUCCAGAGUUGAGACCCAGUGCUUCAGAGCUUCUCGGGCACCCACAUCUUCAACCUUAUGUUCUAAAGAUCCAUCUGAAACUCAAUAGCCCUAGGCGAAGCACAUUGCCUGUUCAUCGGCGAGAGUCAAAUAAUGAUCGGGCUCUAAAUCCUAGUGUGUCUGGAGCUGAUCAAGAUUCUGUAUGUUCUACCCUAGAAAUAGGUUGUACUCCUGAUCAUUUGAAUUCAAGAAUGGCAGAAUUAUGUACAGGUAAUAGUCGUGACAUGAAAUCAGUCCAUAAACCUGCUGUUUCCAGAACUUCUAGUAUUGCUAAGACUCCAAAUCCAAAGUUCACUUCAUCAAAAGUUUCUGGCACCCACAGGAAAUCAAUUGAACCCUCAAACAAUCGCAAGGUGGUAAAGCAAACUCUUCCUGUUUCACAAAGCAUCUCAAAAUCUGCUCAUACAAAUCGUAGAGCAUCAUUUCCAUUGUCAACAAGGAGUGGUAUUCAUGAGCCUCCUUGCAGGCCGAGUGUUGGUUUGCUUAGCCACGUGUCUUCACCAGAUAUCUCAGUCAACUCUCCCCGAAUCGAUAGGAUAGCUGAAUUCCCAUUAGCAUCAUAUGAAGAUUCUUUAUUCCCACUCAACAAAACGUCAACCUCUGGACAAGGUUCUUCGGGAUUCCCACGUGACAAUUACUCAACUGUGAUAGACAAAUGCACAAUAGAGGUAAGCGAUAGAGCCUCUACAAAUCCUAAAAGUACCGAUGAUUGGCAGGGAAUCAAGCACAGCAUGUUAAAGGAAAUCCACGAGGAUAAAAGUGGUUCCUCUGAUCAAAACGCAACGGCAGGUGCAUCAAGCUACACAUCUUCAGACUUGCAGCGCCGACAGUUUGACACUUCGUCUUUCCAACAAAGGGCUGAAGCCUUAGAAGGGUUGCUUGAAUUUAGUGCAAGAUUGCUCCAGCAAGCAAGGUAUGACGAACUUGGAGUUUUGUUAAAACCAUUUGGUCCUGGCAAGGUCUCCCCAAGAGAAACCGCCAUCUGGUUGAGCAAAAGCUUCAAAGGGAAUUCUAACACCACAGAAGAAUCCCCGUAA